CCUUCUUUAUAGAUCUCAAUAAAUAUCUCCCUCUCUCGCUAAGAGAAAUGCGAGAGAGAGGAGAAAAAAUAAACUAGAGGAAAAACCUGCUAGUGGGGGGCCAGUUUUGUUUGGGGGGGAGACCAAACCGGCUUUUACUUCUCUCUCUCCCCUCCCCCUGUCUGCCCCCCACUCCCUCUGUUUGCUGGAGAAGCCAAAGGAUUCAGCAGCCUGGAAACCUAAUGUGAAAAAGCAGCAGCAGGAGCAGCAGCAAGGAAAAAAAGAGGGGGGGCCUUGGACUGGAAAAACCACCAUUAGGGAGGAAGAAGCAGCGGCAGCAGAAGAGGAAAACCCACACAGCCCAGAGAGGAAAAGGGACUUAUUAUCCAGCAGGGAGCUGGGGGUUGGAUUGACCCCUUUGGGUGCUUCAGCCCUUUGAAGAGGGGGGAGAGGCAAGGAAGAGACAUUUCUAGAUUCUCUGUGAUCAGGAUUUGGGGAGGUUUCUCCGGCUGGAGCCUGUGCCUUGGAUCUAAGGAGGAUUUUUUUUUUUUUGUGGGAGGUGGACCUGCAACUGGAUUCGUGUGUGUGGAAGGGAAACGGGGGGGGGGGGAUUUUUUUUUUAAUCCGAACUAACCGGUGAUCCAGCCAGGGGUGCGGAGAUCCCCUAUUUUUUUUCCCUCGGGAAAGGUGCAUUGAGGGGAUCGGAGUGGGUCUGGGAGGGAGGGUUAGGAGAAGCAGCAGCUGCAGCUGCUGGGGAGGAGGCCCGGCUGAGCAGCAGCAGCAGCAGCAGCAAAGUCAUCGCCAUCGGCCCCCCCCUUGGCUGGCUCCGCUCUCUCCAUGUCUCUGGGCAGCGGCAGCCACAGCAGCGAGUAAAGGGGGGGAGGAGGAGGAGGAAGAAGAAGGGAGCCCGGGAGAGUGUCUCCCUCCCUUCCUUCCCUCCCCCCAGCAGCCCGAGCCGCCUCCUGCUCCCUUCCCCUGGUCCCCCCUGCCGCCCCCUCCCCAAGAUGGGCUGUUUAGGGAACAGCAAGACCGAGGAUCAGCGCAACGAGGAGAAGGCGCAGCGAGAAGCCAACAAGAAAAUCGAGAAGCAGCUGCAGAAGGACAAGCAGGUCUAUAGGGCCACGCACCGGCUGCUCUUAUUGGGUGCUGGUGAAUCUGGUAAAAGCACAAUAGUCAAACAGAUGAGGAUCUUACAUGUGAAUGGAUUUAAUGCUGAUGAAAUGUGCAGUGGUCACAGUGCAUCUUUACAGGUGACCAUGCCUGCUCAACUCAUCAGGCAAUCCCCUUCUUGGAGCAAUGCCAAGGUGCUGGACCUCAUCAGCAUUGGGAAGAGGAGACUGUCCAGUCCCAGCUUUGCUCCAGCCCUAAAUGUCCGUAGUAGCACUAAGAUGAGUUCCUCUCCAUCUAAGACUACAAUUUUAAUAAGUUUAUAUGGGUUUAUUAUGAUUAAACACAUGUAUCUGAAAUCAAAAUCUGUUUUCCUGAACAGGGAGAAAAAAAUGAAAAUUCAGGAUAUUAAAAACAAUAUUAAAGAAGCUAUAGAGACAAUAGUGACAGCAAUGGGCAAUUUGGCACCACCAGUGGAGCUAGCCAAUCCAGAGAACCAGUUUCGAAUCGAUUAUAUCUUAAACUUAGCUAACCAGAUAGACUUUGAUUUCUCAGCAGAGUUUUAUGAACAUACAAAAACACUUUGGCAAGAUGAAGGUGUGAAAGCCUGCUACGAGAGGUCUAAUGAAUAUCAAUUGAUUGAUUGUGCACAGUAUUUUCUAGACAAGAUUGACAUAGUAAAACAAAAUGAAUAUACACCAUCUGACCAGGACCUGCUGAGAUGCAGAGUUUUGACAUCAGGAAUUUUUGAAACGAAGUUUCAGGUGGACAAAGUAAACUUUCACAUGUUUGAUGUUGGAGGGCAGCGAGAUGAACGCCGAAAAUGGAUCCAAUGUUUCAAUGAUGUGACUGCGAUCAUAUUUGUGGUGGCCAGCAGUAGCUACAACAUGGUUAUACGAGAGGACAAUCAGACCAAUCGGCUUCAAGAAGCACUAAACCUCUUCAAGAGUAUUUGGAACAACAGGUGGCUACGGACCAUUUCAGUAAUUCUUUUCCUGAAUAAACAGGAUUUGCUAGCAGAGAAAGUUUUGGCAGGGAAAUCUAAAAUUGAAGACUACUUUCCAGAAUUUGCUCGCUACACUACACCAGAGGAUGCAACACCAGAGCCUGGUGAGGAUCCCAGAGUUACAAGGGCCAAGUAUUUUAUUAGAGAUGAAUUUCUUAGAAUCAGCACAGCAAGUGGAGAUGGAAGACAUUACUGCUAUCCUCACUUCACCUGUGCAGUGGAUACAGAAAAUAUCCGGAGGGUUUUCAAUGACUGUCGGGACAUUAUUCAACGGAUGCACCUUCGCCAAUAUGAGUUGUUGUGAUGGAGAGCACUUUUUUCUGUGUUUUGGACUCCUUAUUCCUUAUUAAAAAAAAAAAAAAAAAGAAAAACAAAAAAGAAACAAAAAAAACCCUUGCCCACAUAGGGUGGAAGAGAACUGUUGCAGUCUCCCUCUGAUUUGCACCCCUCAACUUUUUCUCCUUGCUGGACAAUAGCAGCACUUCUAAGCUUGCUUAUGUCCCCCUCAGACAGUUUGAAAUGGCACCUAAAAUUUAAAGGCCAUUUUCAUGGGGGGUUCCAUAACACUGUUGUUAACUAAAUAAAUAAAUUAAUUAAAGGCUCUGAAUGUGGAGCACCUGAAAGGAUUGGGGAUAAAAUUAAAAAAGUUAACAAAAAAAAAAACGGGGGGGAAAGAAAACCUUAGGUAAUUUAGCACUGUUGUGGGCAUAAUCAUAUAACCCAUGAUCUCAACUUUGUAUCCAUUCACUGCAUCAGACAAAAGAAGGUGCCAAGUCACAGACCAAGUUUGAAGACAGACACUUGAGUUUGGUUCUCUGACUGUAAUGUGGCUUUGAACGGAAAUACUGACAAUUCUACAACAGACCUAGACAGUGCAAAAACUAACCGCUACCUUUCAGAAGGGUAUUUUUAAAUCCAGUCUUGGUGGUCUUAAGAUGACCAUGGACGUUAAGAAUUGAACUGCGUAUGGCCUGUGAUUGCAGAAAGAGUUAACCACACACUGUUUUCCGUUUGUCCACUGAUGAUCCUGUCAGCUAUAAAAAUCAUUAUCUGGACUUUAGUCCUCACGGUCUUUCCCUUCUUUUUCUUCUCCCUGCCGUCAUUUUUUUAUUUUACUGCUGGAUUAUUAUUCUUGUACAGACUGUAAAAUGUAUUAUUUUGUACAACUUUAUUGAAAAAAUAACUUGUAGAAGAUCUUUGUGCCUUGAUUAUGGCUGUACCUGUACAAUGAGCUAAGAUGUAAGUAUGUUUGAUUGCGCUGUACAGCUUUGUCAACCCUAUCUGCAGCAUUAGCUCAAGGUAGGGAAAAUUUAUCUGUAGUUUAGUUUUUCUGGUUUAUAAAAGAAGGAAAAAUACUGUUUAGUAAAAAACAAAAAAAAACAAAAAAAAAGUACAAAUUGUGCAAACUUAACCACUUUAAAAGUGAGGUCUUCAACAAGUGACCAGAUGUUGCAGCAUCAUGCUUUUUAAUUUUUAGCUUUAAUUCAUUUAAAUCUCUAUCCAAAUGCAAAACAUGGCUUGUUUCUACAUAAACCAAAUUUUGCUACAAAUUAUAAAUGUUAGUCUUUGGUCAUUCAUAGUCCUUUUUGCAAAAGUCAAAAGCAGAACAAAAACAAACACACAGGUAUCAUGCAGGUCUGGUGACCAUCUGUAGACUGGGCCAAAUACCCCACCAAACUCCGCUAUCCUGCAUGGGCAUAAUACUACAAGAAUGAUACGAUGUACACCGCCCUUGGAUUUGGCCACUGAAUUCCAGUUUCAAAUGACAUUUUUAUCUCUCUUUUAAUAAAGAGAUAUCUUAGAACCUUUUUAUUUUAUAUUAAUUAUAUAAGUAGCUUAAAGUGAAGAUGUGUGGAUUUUUUCUUAAACUUGAAUAAUUUAUGCAAAUUAUAUGCUUAGAACAACAUGUGGUACAGUAAAAAGAAAAAAGAGCAAAAAUCACUGUAGCAAUAAGAGAGCAUGUAAUUUUAGUAACUACUACACUGCUUUAUAUUUUAUACCUAGGUGUUUUAUGUCUCUGUGACUGUAUUACUUUUUCAUGUGUCUAAACCUACGUGUACAAUUUGUACAAAGUCAAAAAUUACAGCUGUAAUAACACAUCUAGAACAGUGUUAGCAUAUAUUACUCAAACGCCCUUCUCCACUCUCUCCCUCCCACCUGCUCCCCCAAACCAAUCUGGAUCUUAACGCAGUGAGUUUUUUAAAAUUAUCUCUUUCCUUUCACACUAGCUUUUUUCACAAGACGUUAAUUUCUUUUUGGGAAGAGGUCCAGUUUAAAUUAAAGCUAGGGUGUGGUGAAGCAAUGUCUGUGUGGCUAGAUUUGCUGCAGGUACUGGAUGCCUUUUUAAUGUUACAAACUGUAAUCCUGCAGAAUUGAGAAUUUUUUGUUAUUGUUGCUUUUGUGGCUUCCUUUAAUUAGGAAAUUAACCAUCUAGUCCAUUUUCACACAUGCAGAAAGCAAGGACUUAGUGUUGGUAAUGUUUCAUUCCCCACUUGGUUCAGAAUGACUAGUGAUCUUUCAGAAGACGCUAGAGUGUCUUGAAACUUUGCCUGCAAUUGCUAAUGAGAUUUGAAAAACCUGUCUGUCCAGUUCACAAUCUGGAAAGCUGCCAUCUGAACCUUGUGAAUCGGUAGAAGAGCUUGACCCAAAAUAGCCCUCGCAUUCUUAGAUUGGAAUCACUACCUGUAGGUUAAGGGUUGGGGUUUCAGUAGGUAAAAGUGGGAUGAAAAAGAAAAGGAAAUAAAACAUGAGCCUUAAUUUUUGUUACGGAAGCCAAAAUCUUUAAGUUAGUGCCAACCCUUAUCUUUUUAAGCCUGGAGGGAGUUAGUGGAAGCACCAAAUUUAUAUAUGGGGAGGUGGGGAAUCUAAUGGUAAGGAAUGUAAUCUCUGAUCUGAGAAAAAGAAAGCACCUCCUCUUAAAAAUACAGAAACUAUGUCAAACUCCUUCCUCUGACAAUGACAAGGAUACACAAGCAUAUGUAACUAAGACAAUACCAUUUUAAGAAACUUUCCUAUAAAGCUUUAUAUGAAUGGAAAUGUUUAGGAGAUGCUUUUUUUGAGCGAGAGCGAGAGAGAAGGCAAUGUAUUGAAAAGUCAGGUUGCACAUGUAUGGAGUGUGUGUGUGUCUUAAUGUCUCAGUAUUGCCUUUGUUAGUUUCUUCAGUAGUCCAUGCAGUUUGGUGGCCUGGUAAACGCAAGUCUUAUUUUUAACAGCUUUUCUUUUUUGUUUUGUUUUUAUUUUUAAUACAAAACCAUAAAGCUUUAAUGCUUGCUAUUUAAUUAGUAACUGUGUUUUCUUCUCUCUCUAAUUUAGUAGCCAUCAGUUGAAGUUAUUUGAACCAUUCCAACUUAACGCUUGCUUUUAUUUUCUUACUUUUAUUAUUUUCUCUCCCCGUCCCUCAUUUAUUUAUUUGAACUUCUUGUUUUCAUAAUUGAGGACUUUCACCUUUUGUCUCAUUCACCUGUUUGGGCAUUUCUGACCCUUACAUCCAAGACUUUGCUCGUUCUACUCAGUAUUCAUUGAUGCUGAAGUGUAAGAUACCUGCAAAUGUAAACACUACCACUUCUAUUAAUAAAAACCAAUACAGUGUUUUAGGGGCACGUUUGCAUCACUAUAGUUAAGGUUGUGUCAGUAUUUCCAUUAUAAACCCAUAGGGGGAGUCUAUAUCUUGGCACCAAAUUGCCCCAGGCUAAAUCUUGCCAUACAAGGCUUCUGCUCCAGCAUGUUUUGGAGAGUUGGUUUUUAAACAAUUUCCAACACAAAUUUUUGGUUCUGUUUUAAAUUAUACAACUGUUUCGUUGGACAGGGGUUGAUUUAAAAAAAAAAAAGAUUGGUUCAAGAUAUUUUUGGCACUUGUAUAACUCAAAAACGGUUUUGAUUUAAAACAUAACCUUUGGCAAGUCAGUAAUCUACCAUAUGACCUGAUCACUUUGGGUAUUUUGUAAAAAUGAUGAUAAUAAAUUGUAGCAGUGUUGUGGUUUCAAAAUCA